UGCAUCAUUUUUGUGUUGGCUCAGCCGUUGUUCAGUAGAAACAAAUCACCUGACAUUUUUUUAGGCGGUCUUAGAUUCUGAGCUGGCUUCCCUUUAGGCUUUUUCAUAAACAAAUAACUAGAAAAGUCUCUAAGGAGGGAGAGGCCAGUUCCUCUUUCAGCUUGCAUCAGGUUUGCCUGCACUCGGCCAGGGAGGGUCCAUUGUUACAGAUGUGGAACCUGUUCCUCCGAGCCCUCGCCUGGCAGUCUGCUCUGUGGUGCUGCUGACUCCCUUGUCAGGACCCACCUGGACAAUGUCACCUUCAGAGGCAGACCACCCCACAGUCUCCUUCAUUUGCAACAGAUUCCACACUCUGCUCUUCCUCAGUGAAGAUGCAACGAACUGCCUCCAAUUAUCCUCUGGAAAAGGACGAAAACAUGCCAGAGGAAGAGCCACACUUGAAUGCAGAAACUGAACAACCCCAGUGGGGUCCAGAGAACAGCAAGUCCGACAGUGUCCCCUGGAAGCUUCUAGCAACAGCACCUCUUAGCUGCAUGGGGAAGACAGAGUCAUCCUGCCGAGAGCUGCAGCCCGGGGGCUUUGGGGCCUCUGCUCAGCCCCUGCUGAAGAGCCUGUCAAAGAAGCACUGUGAGAAUCAGGGGAAUCUUCUCCACUUUGACCGGCAAGCCCCAGGCCGCAUUUCCACCUCUCCCACUUUGAGGAGAUUAAGGGGCAGUGGCUAUGGGACUUCACGUUUGCUGCCUCAGCAAGAGACCGUGGAAGUACCCACCUGGGGAAGUUGGAAGGAGCUUGCAGGCUCCCCGUGUUACCUUUCCAAGAGUCUACCUGGAAGCUCGAAGGAUUCUUCACACUCUCUAUCGCCCCUGAGACUCCACUCAGGGUCACCCACAGACCCUGAAAGGACCCUCAGUGCAGCUGACCCAUUCGACCCCCAAAUGCAGCCCACUGAUGAGGAUGCCCUUCCUGUGCUUCCACUCGUCGAGGAGGGGUCGCUUCCUCAGGCCUCUCUUCCAAGGAGAGGAGGCCACUCACCGCCCAGCCCCGCCCCACGGGCUCCUAGUCCUCAGGGAGAAGAACUGCAUCGAUCCAGGUUCCCUGAGCACAGGCGGAGUUCUGUGGUGCUCAACUUACCUGGACUUGAGGUGUUCCCCGGGGACCUUCUGGUGUCAGAUGGAGCUGCCGAUUAUCUGUGCCACCCACUUCUGCUGCUGAAUCCAGAAUCCAAAAAGCCAAGAUGGCCUUUCUCCAAGAGAGGAGUGCAGGGCAAAGACAAACACAAGCAUGUGUCUGAUCUGGAAAACUGCCUCUCCUCUGUGAAGAUUACAGACUUCAGGCGCUAUGAGUUCCACAGCCUUAAGGAUAAGACCUGGAAUGAAGUCAUGGAAACAUAUCAAAAACUUCCUACUGAUCAUUUAGACUUGAGAAAGCAGCAAGAGGCCAUGUGGGAACUUUUCACAAGUGAAUGCACUUAUUUCUUGGACCAUUUAUUAGUUCUUAAGAUGAUCUUCAUGAAUACACUAAGAUAUCUACAAACUCAUGACUAUCUCCCGGAUGUGGAUUUAUGGAGACUUUUUGCUAACCUGGAGGAGUUAAGCCAGACAAGCUUUAGUUUUGUGAGCAGUCUUUUCCGCAUCUUCAAGGACUAUGUUGACGCUUCUGAGACUCCACCAUCGAUGGAUUUCAUUUCUGUGCUCACGAAGUAUUUCCGAGGGAGCGUCUGUCAGAGCCACCAGACCUACUGCCUGAAUUACUCAGCCGCUGUCUUUUAUCUUGAGAGCCUGAGGCAGAGAGAUGACUUCGGAAUUUAUUUAAAAUGGUGUGAGCAAAAUGAACAGUGCAGACGGCUUCACCUGCCUGAGCUACUAGUGGCUCCACUACACAGGCUGACUCGAUACCCCCUGUUGCUGAAGAACAUCUGGAAAAGGACUACCGACUCUACUGAGAAAAUCAUGAUCUACUCCAUCAAGGAAAAGGUGGAAAAGUCAAUCCGGGAUCUUGAAGGAAAAGUGAAGUGGCUUGACAAUUUCCAAAAAUGUAGACAUCUCCAGGAGAUUAUAGUGUGGCCUCCACUUUGGGAUAGAGAUAAAAGGUUUUUCAUUCCAGAGUGCCUGAGACACAUUUUUAAAGAACACAUGGCAGAAAACAUCUUGUCACCAACCAACAGACACCUUCUCUAUGAAGGAAAAUUAACUCUUGCAGAAAGCACAAGAUUCCUAGAUGUUUAUCUGUUUCUCUUCGAUGAUUUCCUCUUAGUUACAAAAACUAAGCGCAACAAAAAGAAACUCGGAGGCUCAGACGCUGGUCUAAUGUGUCCUUCACUUACUCCUGAGCUGCAAACAGUAAUAAAAGAGGGUGGUUCGUGCACGGUGCUCGACCAGCCCAUUCCACUAGAUAGACUGGUAGUCAAAAGUAUCGAUCCACUCCACGUGUCAGUCUUUGGGCUGAGAAAUGCUUUCCUUAUACAACAUGAAAACAGCUAUCGACAGUGUAUAGCAGCAUUCUUAUUACAAGCCCAAACGGAAAACAUCAAAAAAAUAUGGAUGGCACAAAUAACAGCAGCAAUCUCUUGCUUCACCAAGAGUCAGGAAACCAAGAAAAUAUCUUCAUUCACAUUGCCUGCAGAAUCCUCUGAAAUUUAGGGACCUAAAAUAAGUGGCACACCUUUUUAGACAUUAGGAAUUAAGGUAUUCUUUCAUUCAAACUUUUGUAACUUAUCUAGUGAUGAGCUAGAAGGAAAUGUUCAUUUUAAAGGAGUUCCAGAAUUUGAGAAUUUGAGCUAGGAAAAUCCUCAGUAUAGAGGAAUAAUGACUACAAUAAAUUUGAACUCUGAGGAAUUUCUUGGCAAGCAUAUACUGAUAUCCAGACUUAGAAUGCUUCACUUGGGCUUGCAAGAGGUGUGGGUGAAGGGUGAAGUAUGGUGCUAUUAUAAUUUGUAAAGGGUCAAUGAUCAUAUAAAUGGAGUGUCAGGAGUAAAACAAUGUCCCGCUUUGAGUCCAAUGUGAAUUCUAACAUCUUACUUUGUGUAUAUGUAUAAUGAAACCAAUUUUCCUACAUGGCUUAUAAGUCAUUCUUACUGCUUUAUAGUUCUACCUCACACACAGUGAUAAUUCUUUUGAUACAAAGUUUGAUUGCACUUUUAAUAUAUUAAGCAAUAAAUAAGGUCUACCAUUUAAGAGCAGUUUUUAAAUUCCUAUUCUCCAACAGUUUACUUACCUCAGGUAUACUGUAUAAUACUCUAACUUGGAAGUAGAAAAUCCCAAAGACUAAAUUCCAUUAUUUUAAGAAAGAAAAAGCAAAUAUCUGUUCCAGUUUCACCAACUACACUUUUACAGGGGAGAUUUUCAUAGAAAUAGCAAGAUAUCUUAAAGUCUCAUUUUUUGAAGAAUGAGUUUGUAUAAAACUACUUUCUGGUUUUAAGUGGGGGAUGUGUGUGUGUGUGUGUUUUAGUGCAGUACAGUCACUUAAUUUUAUUUGGCAGGACUUGAAACUUCAUUAGAAUUUUUCAAGACAGGCAGCUUGAAUUAUGAUAUUAUCACGGUGGAAUAUACUAGUAACUGCAUUCAAGGAACUAGUUCUUAUGGUCAGGUUAUAUUUUCCCAAAUGGAAAUCCACAAAUUUUAAUUUCAGGCACGGUACCUCUUGCAAUAUCCAAAAUGGAAGUAGUAAAUUUAUCAACUUGGGCUGUAAGACAAGAAUACCUUAACUGAUUUCCUUAAGUUGGAGAACGGGAUAGAGAGGACGAUGCUUGCAGAGGUCAUGUGCACAGUUAAUUCUUUGAGGAAAAUGCAGAUUUCACUAUACAAGCCAGGCAGGACAGACAAGUGCAGCAUAUAGGCUCUUGUGCAAGGGCCAGGCACUUUUAGAAUGGAGGGUCAAGUCUCUGUAUAAUAAUGUCAGACAUUUUUAAGAGUGAGUGAAAAUAAAAGGAAAAUCUGGAGAGCACUAACUAUUGUUAAUGUCUAAGAAUAAAUGAGAAAAAAAAAGGCAAAGAAGGGAGAAUAGACUUCAAGUUCAUUCCUAGAGAUGGGAUCUGGAGGGGAAUGAAAGCAAUUAUGUCCAGGAGAAGACAACACCGAUUUAUGCAAUGGAAGAUUUAGGAAGAAAUUUCUGGCCAAAAAAUAUAUUUUUUGAGGAAAAAAAAUAAUAAUCAUUCUGCAGGGAUUUUUAGAUAUAAACUGACCUAAGAGGAGGGCAGCAGACUAGGACUAGCAAUCUCUCAAGGUACCUUUAGUCUCGUGACUCCAGUAGCCAUAUUUAUAAGUAUAAUCAUAUAUCUAUAUGUAUAAAAAACUAGUGUCUCCCUUAAACCUCAUUAAAAGGAGAGAAAUAUUGACUAAAUUAACAUCAAGGAUGUGAAACAGUAUAAGAAUAUUCUAAAUACAAAGAAAUAUUAGCACUCCUAUAGUCACUGCAGCACUAUUCACAAUAGCCAAGA